CGAAUUUCGAUAGUUCAGAACGAGAAUUGAGAGCGGUGCAUUCGAUAAGCACAUGUUGUUGCCAUCACAUCAGUUCCGCAUUUUCAACUCUUAUUAUAAAAGCUUACAGAAAUGAGCAAUACGAAGAAACUGAAACGCGAUGACGUUUGUCGUGUUCCUGAAACCAUUAACUUUCCGGCUGAGGAAGAAAAUGUGCUGAAGCAAUGGCGAGCCGACAAAAUUUUUGAAAGGUGUAGUCAGCUGUCCAAAGGAAAGCCCAAAUACACCUUUUACGACGGGCCACCCUUCGCAACUGGCCUGCCUCACUAUGGACAUAUCCUUGCGGGAACCAUUAAGGACAUUGUCACACGAUAUGCGUAUCAACAAGGCUACCAUGUGGAUCGGCGCUUUGGCUGGGAUUGCCACGGAUUGCCCGUGGAGUUCGAAAUCGACAAGCUUCUUAACAUUAAGGGUCCAGAGGACGUGGCAAAGAUGGGCAUCAAGGCGUACAACGCCGAGUGCCGGAAGAUUGUCAUGCGCUAUGCGGACGAGUGGGAGACCAUUGUGACGCGUGUAGGCCGAUGGAUUGAUUUUAAAAAUGAUUACAAGACACUAUACCCAUGGUACAUGGAGUCCAUAUGGUGGAUUUUCAAGCAGCUCUUCGACAAGGGUCUGGUGUAUCAGGGUGUAAAGGUGAUGCCCUAUUCCACGGCGUGCACCACCUCGUUGUCCAAUUUCGAGGCGAACCAGAACUACAAAGAGGUGGUUGAUCCCUGUGUGGUUGUUGCACUCGAGGCCAAGUCACUUCCCAACACCUACUUCUUGGUGUGGACCACAACACCUUGGACACUUCCUUCCAACUUUGCCUGCUGUGUUCAUCCUACGAUGACUUAUGUCAAGGUGCGCGAUGUAAAGAGCGAUCGCUUGUUUAUUCUGGCCGAGUCACGAUUGUCUUAUGUAUUUAAGAGUGAAGCAGAAUACGAAGUGAAGGAGAAGUUUGCAGGGCAAACGCUUAAAGGCCUUUAUUACAAGCCGGUUUUCCCCUACUUUGCCGAACGGGGCGCCAAGGUGAACGCUCACCGCAUGCUGGUGGAUGAGUAUGUUACGGAGGACUCUGGUACUGGUAUUGUGCACAAUGCGCCCUACUUUGGCGAGGACGAUUACCGCGUCUGCUUAGCCGCUGGCAUUAUCACAAAGUCAAGCGAGGUGAUUUGCCCUGUCGACGACUCCGGUCGGUUUACUUCAGAGGUCACCGACUUUGCUGGCCAGUUCGUUAAGGAUGCGGAUAAGCACAUUAUAGCUAAGCUAAAGGCGAGCGGAAAUUUGGUUUCCAGUGGCCAGGUCAAGCAUAGCUAUCCCUUCUGCUGGCGCUCGGACACCCCGUUGAUAUACAAGGCGGUGCCUUCAUGGUUUGUGCGCGUCGAGCAUAUGUCCAAGAACUUAUUAGCCAGUAGCUCCCAGACUUACUGGGUUCCGGACUUUGUUAAGGAGAAGCGAUUUGGAAAUUGGCUGAAGGAUGCUAGAGACUGGGCAAUUUCUCGUAACCGCUAUUGGGGCACUCCUAUACCCAUCUGGCGCUCUCCAAAUGGCGAUGAAACAGUUGUCGUAGGCAGCAUUAAGCAGUUGGCUGAACUAUCCGGCGUUCAAGUAGAUGAUCUGCAUCGUGAGACUAUUGACGACAUUGAAAUCCCGUCGGCUAUUCCCGGAAAUCCUCCGUUGCGUCGAAUUGCGCCCGUGUUCGACUGUUGGUUCGAGUCUGGGUCGAUGCCAUUUGCGCAGCAGCAUUUCCCCUUCGAGAAUGAAAAAGAUUUCAUGAACAAUUUUCCAGCUGACUUCAUUGCUGAGGGUAUCGACCAGACACGCGGCUGGUUCUAUACGCUCCUGGUGAUCUCAACGGCAUUGUUUAACAAGGCCCCAUUCAAGAACCUAAUUGCGAGUGGAUUGGUGCUGGCUGCAGAUGGGCAGAAAAUGUCCAAGCGCAAGAAGAACUAUCCGGAUCCCAUGGACGUUGUUCAUAAGUAUGGAGCUGAUGCGCUUCGCUUGUAUCUUAUCAACUCGCCGGUGGUGCGCGCAGAAAGCUUGCGUUUCAAGGAGGAAGGUGUGCGCGAUAUAAUUAAGGACGUGUUCCUCCCCUGGUAUAAUGCUUAUCGCUUUCUCCUGCAAAAUAUUGUGCGCUACGAGAAAGAGGAGUUGGGCGGUAAGGCCCAGUAUACCUAUGAGCGAUCGAGACAUUUGCAAAACAUGGAAAACGCCUCUGUCAUUGACGUGUGGAUCCUGUCGUUUAAAGAGUCCCUGUUGGAGUUCUUCGCGACUGAGAUGAAAAUGUAUCGCCUUUAUACGGUCGUGCCGAGACUAACUAAAUUCAUUGAUCAACUGACUAACUGGUACGUGAGAUUGAAUCGCCGUCGCAUUAAGGGCGAACUGAGUGCGGAGCAGUGCAUACAAUCUUUAGAUACUCUGUACGACGUCUUGUACACAAUGGUUAAGAUGAUGGCACCCUUCACCCCGUACUUAACCGAGUAUAUUUUCCAACGCCUGGUGCUGUUCCAGCCCGCAGGUAGCUUGGAGCAUUCUGACUCUGUGCACUAUCAAAUGAUGCCUGUUAGCCAGCGCAAGUUUAUCCGCAGCGACAUUGAGCGAUCCGUGGCACUGAUGCAGUCGGUUGUUGAGCUGGGUCGUGUUAUGCGCGACCGUCGCACACUGCCCGUCAAAUAUCCCAUUUCGGAAAUUAUUGUUAUUCAUAAAGAUGAACAGACCCUGAAGGAGAUUGAGAGCUUGAAAGAUUUUAUACUUAGCGAACUGAAUGUCCGCAAACUAACGCUAAGUUCGGAUAAGGAAAAGUACGGAGUGACACUACGUGCCGAGCCCGAUCAUAAGACGCUUGGACAACGCUUGAAGGGGAACUUUAAGGCAGUUAUGGCAGCCAUAAAAGCGCUCAAAGACGAGGAGAUUCAAAAGCAGGUGGCCCAAGGAUACUUCAGUGUGCUGGACCAACGCAUUGAGCUGGAGGAAGUGCGCAUUAUUUACUGCACCUCCGAUAAGGUUGCUGGAAAUUUUGAAGCCCAUAGCGAUAAUGAAGUCUUGGUUCUAUUGGACAUGACGCCAAAUGCGGAACUGCUCGAGGAAGGCUUAGCUCGCGAGGCUAUUAAUCGUGUGCAAAAGCUAAAGAAAAAGGCUCAGCUCAUACCAACCGACCCAGUGAUCAUAUUUUAUGAUCUGAAGAGUAAUGAUAGCAAAAAGGAAACUCUUGAAACGAAGUCGCAACUGGAAAAGGUUCUGGUCAACUAUUCGUCCAUGAUAAAGGGGGCAGUCAAGUCGGAGUUCCUUCCAUUUGAUCAGAAGAAGAUCGAAUCAAAGAGGCAAAUUAUCAGUGAGGCUUGCGACCUCAAAGGCGUGCAACUUAACUUGACAAUUUGCUCCACUGAGGAGCUGCAACUGCCAAAGCUCGCGUGGCUAAACGUGGCGCUAGAUGGCGAGCUGCAACCCCGAUUCGUGAACAGUAGCAAGGGAUCCAUUUUACUUCAGGAUAGUAUCAGCAAAGAGUACAUCACGUUGGACAAAUUGCGAAGUGAGCUGAAUGUGCUUUUUGGACUCUACGGCGUCAGCUACAACAUUUACGUGAUGGAUAACCAACAGAAAAUUAGUGAUCUUAACACUAUUGAUAAGAGCCUAAACGGAAAGCUUCUUAUUUUAACUCGUAGCACUGGUGCUCUAAAUAAAACACUCAUCUUUGAUGUGGCCCCAGUGCCAUAUUCAAAUUUUGUUAAUCAGCCGUCUGGAAGCACAAUCUUUACGGAGAACCCAAAGGGCUACAGCCUAUAAUAGGUGCUGAACUUGAAAUUAAUGUCUAAUCGGUUGGUAUUUAUGGCGAAUGGAGGAAUUACGAAGUAUGAAAUAAAUUUUUGAACAAAUUCAA